AGACACUGCCUCUUGCCGCCAUUCGCCAUUCGCCAGCGCCAAAAGCCCACAUCUAUUCUGUACUCACACAAAGGUUACGGACACAAAGCUGCAGUAGCAAACCCUUCUGUCCCAACCUCCGCACCCACCUUGGUAUUCCAACCCAUCCCCCAAAACCACUACCAUCACCACCACCAACCCGUCCACCAUGGCCGCCCAGAAAAAGCAAUACUUCCUCGCCCCCUCCUGGGACUACCCCCCCUCAGGCCCCAUCGCUCUCGGCAACAUAAUCCUCUCCCCCUCCCGGCCCGUCCCGGCCCUCCUCUCCGCCACCACCCUCUCCCCGCCCCCCCUUUCCUCUGAAUCCAAACCCGAAACCCUCGCGGGCCCCAACCGCACCUCCACCUUCAAACACAACGUCGAAUGGACCCGCGACCAGUCCCUCUCCCGCAGCCUCGGCGUCUGGAGCCGCUUCAUCGAGCUCCUCGGCGUCCGCCUCGACUUUGAAACAUCCCGCUCCACGCAGGACGUGUUUCGCUUUGCGAGCGUGCGCACCGAGGAGUGGUUCCCUAGCGAGGAGUACCUUGCGGCUGCGCUGCGCGAUCCGAUGGUGAGGAGGCGGAUGGGUGCUGGCAAGGGGGCGUUGGUGAGAAGGGCGGUAUAUGUGGUGGUGGGCGUCAAGACUGUUUCGGGGGCGCAGGUCAAGCGGGUGUGGACGAGGGGGCUGGCGGCGCAGACGGAGGUUUCGGUGGAUGCGAUGGGCGCGUCGGUGUUGGUGGCGUCGGGGCCGGCUGGGGGGGUGAAAUGGGAGAGGGGGGAGAGUAUGGAGUUUGAGGGGGGGGAUGACUUUGUGUUUGCGUAUCGGGUGCGGAAGGUGUGGUUGAGGGCGGGUGAGAAGGGGGUGGGGCAGGAUGAUUAUACGAGGGGGACGAUGCUUGGGGAGUCUCUUGGUGAUGAGAAGGAGGGAGAGGGGGUUGAUAUGGAGAACGUGGUGGUGGAGGGUCUGGACGCUUCAGACAUUGGUGACAAGUGGAGUGGAAGUGAGGUGGUGGAUGACGGGGAAGACAUCGAAGUCUUUGCUCCGGCGACAGGGAAAUGAGCGAUAUUGUACGUCCUUAACCCCCAGGGAAACGACUAAAAUACCGAGAUAGACAGGGGACAAAAGGACGAGAUUGUGAUGUGCUUAUCCUUUGAAACAAGAGCCACAUCGGACCUUGUAAGCUGCGGGAACGGACAUGAGCUAGGCGGGAUCAAGCCGGAUCCAAGGUUCAAGGUGUUAGCUACAGAUUGCCACUAAGUAACCUCGCCACCGUCCUCAUAGUUUAGCC